AUGUUCUGCAGGCAUCUCGCAAAAAGAUUCCUUCUGGCUCGGUCUUAUUCGACCUCCCAAAAAGCAAUAUUUUUGACUGAGAAAGAACUGCAAUCGCUCGAUCUUAAUCAAGAAGGAAAGAUUUUGGUAAAAGAGCUCAAAGAGGAAACAUAUGACGAUACAGACUAUUUUCGAAUUUCAAAAGAGGCUGAAUUUGGAAGUAAACGAAUCGGCAGGGUUCAACUUCCCAAGCCGCUUAUUGAUGGUAUAUCUGCCUUAAUUGAAGAACAUGAGAAACCACUUAUUCGAGAAGACGCUUUACGAAUUUUUAAAUCAUAUCAAUUACGUUACAGUUCACCGAAGCCAAGUGAUGUUAUUUCUAAAGGAAAAAGAACAGGGCAACUACAGCAGCCAGAACAGCCAUUCAGAAUCACCUAUGGUGCACGGGAAUCAAUUGCAUAUGCAGCAGGUCUGCUUCCAUCCAGUUUUGCAGCCACCUAUAGUGUAAUGAAAGAAAUAGCGAAACGUAUGCCCAGCUUCAAACCACAAUCAAUGCUUGAUUUCGGCACCGGGCCAGGAACGGCUAUUUGGGCUGCAAAGGAAGUUUUCGACAUUCAACGUUGUAUGGGAGUCGAUCUUUCAGAAGAAAUGCUAUCAGUUGCCGAAAAAUUAGAGCGCUAUAUCAAAAAGGAAAAAGAUCAGCCUAUUGAAUUUUCACGGUUCCUAUCAUUCAACCCAAACAGCCCAAAGAAUGAUUUGGUUGUCAGCACGUUUACUUUAGGCGAUUUACCUUCCAAAGCUAUUCAAAAAUCAACUGUUGAACAAUUAUGGAAGCAAACAGAUGAUGUGUUGGUUUUGAUUGAUAAGGGUACACCUGUUGGAUAUAAGAAUAUUGCUAUGGCAAGACAAUGGAUCUUAAAUCUAGAAGGACUCAAUAAGGUUCACACCGUAGCUCCUUAUCCUCAUGAUUAUCCUUGUCCACUUCUAUAUUCUCCUGAAGCCAACAUCACUAAAAUGUGGAGUCAUUUUAGCCAACAAUUGGAACGCCCUGCCUUCUUGAUGAAAACCAAACAUUCCAAAUCAAAUAAAGAAGAUAUCAAAUACUCUUAUGUUAUUCUACGUAGAGGGCCAAGACCUACUGUUACAUCAGAGGGCAAUGAUCAAAAUAUGGAAGUGCAAGCCUAUUCAUGGCCACGCCUUAUUCAACCUCCUAUCAAGAAGAAGGGUCAUGUCAUUAUGGAUAUCUUUGCCAAAACAGGUGAAGUACAGCGCAUGAUUAUCCCUAAAUCUCAAGGAAAAGUCGAAUACCGAGAUGCCAGGAAGUCUAAUUGGGGUGACCUCUUCCCACAUAUAUCAAAGAAUAAGUUAGUAACGCGAUUUUCGCGGGGCGAACACAUCCUCGAUGAAGAAUUAGACGAGGAGUUUGGAGGUAGAAAAAAGGACGAAAAGAAAGCUAACAAAUUAAAAAAGAAGAAAAGGGACGAUUAA